GAAGAAACUAGUGCACUCCAAUUUAUGAUUGGGUAGCCAAAUAUCAAAGGACAUGGCUGUUGCUAGCACUUUGGGUUCUGAUCUGCACAAGAAGCAUGCUACUCACGUUGGCAAAGGGGCUCUAGUUCCCUUAACAAGCUUUGCCAGCAAAGGUUUUCAGAGGAUCAAGAAUGAUGGGCACAUGAUUGGAAGUAUUCGGCAGAGAUUGGGAAGGCUUGUGUUUGUUCAAAGACUUGGCAAAGAGGAACAGGAUGCCAUUGGUGAAGUUGAUUAUGUUUUGCAAAGGGCUCUAAUUCCUUUCCACAGUUUGGGCAGCAAGGGACUGAGGAGGAUUGGUAAAGCGGAGACACAAGCUUGUGUUGAAGGGAUCCUUACCCCUCCUCUUGUUGGGUAAUUUUGAGAUAGGGUGGCAACCUGCAGGUUGGGGACUAUAUGUUAUUGGAAUCCCUGCUCUCCUCAUGAAACUGGUUAAAUAGAUGAGAAAGUCCAGU